CGUGUAACUUGACACCUUGAGGGCUCGGGACGGCGGAGGGAAAAGUGGCGCAAGGGACGUCCGAACGAGAGGAAAAGUCCCCCAAAAUCCCGAAUCAGAGUCUUUGAUGUGGACUCUGAACGACAGCGGCGCUGGACACGGUGGCGGGGCGACGCCUGUGGACGGGAGCGCGGUGGGAAAAGGAAAGUUCUGGGCGGAAUCACAAGAUCGGGAAUAGUUUCCUGGAGACUCCAUAACUGCGAGUUGGGAAACAGUCCAGUUUCCGCAGUUAAAGCAGGCGGCGCUGUCCUGCCCACCGGCAUGUUAUCGUGAGGAGCGCCUGUGAGCGGCAGGAGUCAUGGGGAAGGAGCAAGAGCUACUGCAGGCAGUGAAGAACGGAGACCUGCCGACCGCCCAGAGGCUUCUGACCAAACUCAAGUCCGGCAGAACCAAGCUGCUCGGCUCCAGCAAGAGGCUCAACAUUAACUACCAGGACUCAGACGGGUUCUCCGUUCUACAUCACGCUGCUCUCACCGGGACGUCGGAGCUGCUGGCGGCGCUGCUGGACGCCCAGGCGUCGGUGGACGUGAGGGACAGUAAUGGCAUGCGUCCGCUGCACUACGCUGCCUGGCAGGGCAAGGCCGAGUCGGUGCUGAUGCUGCUGCGUUCAGGUGCGGCGGUCAACGCGGUCUCCCUGGAUGGCCACAUCCCGCUGCACCUCGCCGCGCAGUACGGUCACUAUGAGGUGUCGGAGAUGCUGCUACAGCACCAGUCCAACCCCUGCCUAGUGAACAAGUCCAAGAAGACGCCGCUGGACCUGGCGUGCGAGUUCGGAAGGCUGAAGGUGGCGCAGCUGUUGCUCAGCAGCAACAUGGUGGUGGCGCUGCUGGAGGGCGAGAGGAAGGAGCCCACCGACUCGGCCUUCACCACGCCGCUUCACCUCGCCGCUCGCAACGGCCACAAAGACGUCAUCCUGCUGCUGCUAAAGGCUGGGAUCGAUAUCAACUCCACCACCAAGUCCGGCACCGCUCUGCACGAGGCGGCGCUGUACGGCAAGACGGAGGUGGUGCGACUUCUCCUCGAGGCCGGCGUGGACGUCAACAUCAGGAACGCCUACAACCAGACGGCGUUGGACAUUGUCAACCAGUUCACCACCUCACACGCCAGCAGGGACAUCAAGCAGCUGCUGCGAGAAGCAACCGGAGUGCUGCAGGUCCGCGCACUCAAGGACUUCUGGAACCUUCACGAUCCGACGGCGCUGAACGUCCGUGCUGGUGAUGUCAUCACGGUGCUGGAGCAGCACGCAGAUGGACGCUGGAAGGGCCACAUCCACGACCAGCGAGGAACUGACAGGGUGGGCUUCUUCCCGCCGUCCAUCGUGGAGGUCAUCAGCAGGCGUAAUGGGGGCGGGACUUUAUCACGGCACGCCUCUCUGCCCCCCCAGCGUCAGCUGACCAGAUCCCCCCUGACUGCCAGCCUGAGCUCCGCCCCCCUCUCUGACCACUCCCUCCAUGUCCCCCCCACCAACGUGGUUGUGCCCCUCCCCAAUGGCCUCGCCACUAAUGCAGGUCCGUCAGGUCCGACGUGGAGCCGCAUGUCCCGGUCCAGGUGUCUGUACCAGGACAUCUGGGUGCUCAGGGACUCGUGUCAGGGUGACCGGAGCAGUGUGGCUAGCACUGGCAGUGUCGGCAGCACUCGCAGCGCUGGCAGUGGACAGAGCAGCGAGAGCAACAACCCCACCAAUGGACUCCCGCACACCCCGGGUCACAUCAGCAAGUCGGCGUCCCCGCUUCUGGGCCCUGAAGACAAGGACCCUCCCACUGGUGGUGCUGCCCGCAGGGCCACGGUGACGGUGCAGCGAGCAGCGGAUCCUAGUUUCUGUCAGCAGAGUGUGCGACCUGGGGAUCUGCUGGAGGGCAAGGAUGCCGAGGCCAUUUAUCAGUGGCUGAGCGACUUCCAAUUGGAUCAGUACACGAGGAACUUCCUGAAUGCUGGAUACGACGUCCCAACCAUCAGUCGCAUGACGCCUGAGGACCUGACCGCCAUUGGUGUCACCAAACCCGGUCACCGCAAGAAGAUUUCCAUCGAGAUCAACAACUUGAACAUUCCAGAGUGGUUGCCAGACUUUAUCCCGUCAGACCUGGGCGAGUGGCUCUGCUCUAUUGGGCUGCCGCAGUACCAGCAGCAUCUGGUGGAGAAUGGCUAUGACACCAUUGGUAUAGUCAAGGACCUGACUUGGGAGGACCUGCAGGAGAUCGGAGUCACCAAACUGGGUCACCAGAAGAAGAUGAUGCUGGCAGUGAAGAAGCUCUGCGACAUCCAUCGGGCAGCUGGGCAGGCGGAGUUGGGUCACGGCACUGUGCGGCGCAAAGGCCCCGGCUCACUUCACCUGGUGGCCAUUGAGUCUUCAGAAGGGGGCACUGAUGCGCCGUCCCCUCGCACCCCGCAGAUGCUGACCUUUCAGGACAGCGAGCUGAGCUCUGAGCUGCAGGCCGCCAUGUGCAGCCGCUAUGCCGGCUGCGAGGACAUGAAGAAGGCGGUAGGGCUCUCUCAGAGCCAGGACAGCAUUGACUCCCGCUCCAGAGGAUCCAGCCGCUCCCAGGACCCUCCCACUGCCUCUGUCAGCCCCCACAGCUGGUCCCAGGAGAGUCUGGACUCAAGUCCUGCCAAGGAGCGGAGCCUCCCUGAGGGCUGGGACCAGAGGGCAAAGCAGGUUCCUCUGGGGACAGCAACGGUCUUCAAGUACCCGGCCCUGCCCGCCAAACCCAGACUCGCCGGCUCCUGUGGCUCCUCCCCCCUCGCAUCUCCAGCACCAAAGGGUUUUAACUACCUGCAGUCUCACCAUGCCGGCGCGCUUGCACCGGCCAAGAAGCGCAGUCAGAGUGCGAGCCGUUACGCUCUGUCGGACGGAGAGCCAGACGACGAUGACGAGGAGCAGGCCCUUCCUCCGGCCAACCUGCCGUCCUAUGCCACGCUGACUCGGAGACCCAACCGGAGUCACGGUGCUCGGUUACAGUCCAGUCCGGAGAAGUCCGGCGGCGGGGUGGGUCGGAGCCAGUCCUUCGCCGUGCGCGCUCGCAAGAAAGGCCCUCCUCCGCCUCCACCCAAGAGGCUGAGCUCCGUGAGUAGCGGCACAAGCGUCGACCUGAGUGACGCCAGCUCCGCCUCCACCGGAGGUGUUGUGACGGAAGGCCCUGGAAGUGGCCAGAACAGUGCAGCGUCUCUGGAGAGCAGCUUCGACACAGAGGGAAAAACGGACCCUCAGCAGCAGGAACCGUCCUUGUCCGAGGUGGGCGGGCCCAGGAGGCGGAUCAACAGUGAUUGUGUCCAGAACGACGCGUCCCGCUUGGACCGCGGGGUCAAGUCUGACUCUGAGGAGGAGGAACCCAAGCAAGUCUGCAUCGAAGGAUCCUCUUCGCCACAGCAUAGCUCCAGUGAGUGCAUUCCCUUCGCUGAGGAGGGGAACCUGACCAUCAAACAGCGGCCCAAAGCACCGGCGCCGCCGCGGGCAGAGGACGUGCUUGAGCCACUGGAGAAGCUCGCCACCCGGAACCCAGAGUUUAAUCUGACGGAGUCGGACACGGUGAAGCGGCGUCACCGAACCAAAGACAAGGACGACUCCCCCUGCUGGGAAGGGGAAGAGUCUCAGGACAGGGUCAGCCCAAGACCUGGUGAGGGUCCGAACAGUGCCGCAACAGAGUCCAGCGUCAGACCUCCGCUGUCCCCGAAACCUCCUGUCAUCGCUCCCAAACCAGCGAGACACAGUCUGCCGGCAGCUCAAGGUAACCACCUGGUUGUUGACUCAGGUUACUCUGAGAUGACCCUUGACCUGAGCCACAGCAGCGACAUCUGUUUGUUGAACCUGAACUUCGGCCCUGCAGGAGGCGUCACUGCCCCGCCAGUGACAGUCAGCCUGGUGCAGAGUCUGGCCUUCAGUUCUCCACCGUCUCCCUGCCGCGGACCUGCCUCUCCCGUCCCCCCGUCUCCCAGCCCAUCCCCUCUUCCUCAGCUGGAUCCAGGGGACACAGUGGUGCGGCAGCGACUGGAGCAAACCAGUAGUUCGCUGGCCGAGGCCCUGAAGGCGGUGGAGAGGACCCUGGACGACUCGGGAGGGGCAAACGUGGUCAAGUCGGCGGGAAACAUCCUGGACGACAUCGGGAACAUGUUUGACGACCUCGCUGACCAGCUGGACGCCAUGUUGGAGUGAACGUCCUCCGGAGAAACCGACUUAUCGAACUCAGGAAGUUGAUGCCGAAAAUGCGCGUGGACAGAUCCCUGUGGCGCCAGUGUGUUGUCAGCACAUUAAUCCAGAACAAGCUCCGUUCUUUUAUACAAGGAUGCAAAUAUUUAUUUUAUAGACAAGCGUUGUCUUCAUAUUGCUGCAUGAUGUCACUUCCUGUCCCGACGACCAACUGGUGCUCAAGUCAAAAUAGAUGCCCGAGAACUGAUCCACUUGAUUAACCCUACAGUGCGACUGACAUCUGAUUCAUAGAGCUUGAUUUAUAGAAAUGCUUCUUCAGCUGAACUGGUGAGUUUCCUCAUGUAUAUUCUGUUUUCAAUCAUCUUAUUUGCUUUUUAACGUGAUGUCUGACUGAAAUUACUAACGACCAACUCCACUUUAUUUAACUUCAGAUGUUUAUCGAUCGUGUGAGUGAGUUUUGUGAAAAUCCAGUUUUUAAAGGGAAGUUUUUAAAGAAUUUUAUACAAAACAGCUCAUGUGAUAACCAAGCAGAGAAUCAACCAAAGUUGUUUGUAUGACAUUUUGUCUGCGUGUUUUCAUACAAUUCCUGAGUCACGUGACCCUUGCUGUCCACUCGUGUAAGAUAAUAUUUACGUCAUAAUUACACAUUUUAAUAUAUAACUCUAUUUACGUCCUCAUGAAUAAAGAGAAAAGAUUUCACGACAGCUGUUUUGUUACUUUGGCGCCGCCCGCUGGUAGCAGCUGUGUCCACUGUUUCCACGGUGACGUGGGAAAUGAACAAAUAUGUAC